GUGAACUAAAAUGGCAACUUUAUUCACUCUAACUCCUUCAUCAAACUCUUCCUUCUUCACCCCAUUCAAAACCACCCUUAACUCAAAACCCCAUUUUCCCACUCUCAGAAAUCCUCUCUCAAUCAGAUGUUUCCGGCCACCGGAAACCGGCACACCACCGGAGAUUCAGAAAUUCUGGGGUCGGCUCUCCGACAAAGGCAUAAUCAAUGCAAAAUGCCCUGUAAAACCAGGGAUUGUUCCAGAAGGAUUAGGACUAGUUGCCCAGAAAGAUAUAGCCAGAAACGAGGUCGUUUUGGAGGUUCCCAAGAAGUUUUGGAUAAACCCAGAUACAGUUGCAGCUUCAGAAAUUGGGUCAGUUUGUAAUGGGCUUAAGCCUUGGGUUUCUGUUGCUUUGUUUCUGAUGAGAGAGAAAAAAUUGGGUGAUUCUUCUGCUUGGAAGCCUUACAUUGAUAUUUUGCCUGAUUCUACUAAUUCUACAAUUUAUUGGUCAGAAGAAGAACUCUCUGAGCUUCAAGGUAGCCAGUUGCUGAACACGACAUUGGGUGUGAAGGAGUUAGUAGCAAAUGAGUUUGCAAAAUUGGAAGAAGAAGUAAUAGUUCCCAACAAGCGAUUAUUCCCUUUUGAUAUAACACUAGAUGACUUUCUUUGGGCAUUUGGAAUGCUAAGAUCAAGAGCAUUCACUCGCCUUGAGGGCCAAAGUCUUGUUCUAAUCCCCAUGGCUGAUUUGAUCAAUCACAGUCCUGAUAUAACAGCACAAGAUUAUGCCUGGGAAGUCAGGGGAGCUGGUCUGUUCUCUAGAGAACUUCUAUUUUCACUUAGGAAUCCCAUCCCAGUGAAAGCUGGUGGACAGGUAUUGAUCCAAUAUGAUUUGAACAAGAGCAAUGCUGAGUUAGCCUUGGAUUAUGGGUUCACAGAAUCGAGAUCAGAACGAAAUGCAUACACUUUAACACUGGAGAUACCUGAGUCAGAUCCUUUUUUUGGAGACAAGCUAGACAUAGCUGAGUCAAAUGGCAUGGGAGAAACUGCCUACUUCGAUAUUGUAUUAGGCCAGCCUCUUCCAGCUAUUAUGCUCCCAUAUCUGAGGCUUUUGGCACUUGGUGGAGACGAUGCUUUUCUCUUGGAGUCUAUUUUCAGGAACUCUAUAUGGGGCCAUCUUGAUCUUCCUGUAAGCCCUUCUAAUGAGGAGCUCAUAUGCCAAGUGAUUCGCAAUGCUUGUACAUCUGCUCUUUCUGGUUACAGUACCACCAUCGAAGAGGAUGAGAAGUUGUUGGCACAAGGGGAUUUAGAUAUGAGGCUUGAGAUUGCUAUAACGAUAAGAUUGGGGGAAAAGAAGGUGUUGCAACAGAUCGAUGAGGUUUUCAAAGAAAGAGAGAUGGAAUUGAGUGGCUUUGAAUACUACCAAGAGAGGAGGCUUAAGGAUCUAGGUCUUGCCGGGGCACAGGGAGAGAAACUCCCUUGGAUAGGAGAGGUUUAGUUAUAUUAGUUGAUUGUACGUAAUGCAGCCAAUGAAAACACAUUCAUAGUUUUUAUACUGGCUACUAGAGAAAAUCACUUGCCUGAAAUUGUAUAUGAAGAGAUUGAAUGCUAUAGCAUCUCCCGUUGUGUAUCUUGCAGAUCAGCUAUUGGAUGUAGUUACAGUGUAUGGUGCAUGGAAUUUCACUUAAAAUUUUCUCUUCUCACUUAAUGUGUAGGCAAAGCUGAUCCACUACAUUAAACAUGCAUCUGAGGGUUAAACCAACAUACUCCAGUUAGUUCGGAGAUUUGACAGUGUGGUGCUGUACUUGAGAUGCUGUAGUCACACAAGAGUACAAGACUAUCUCCUGUUAACGCGAAUAGCUUGUUGAAAUUAUUCAGCUUUUAUUCAUUUUCUCGGUU